AUGUGCGUGGUGUGUUACUUCCUCGCGUCUCACGUUGCCGUGGAGUGAAGCUCUUCCAGUCUCUCAGCUCUCUCAGCAGCAGCAGCUAAAGGACGCUCAGUGUGCAGUCAGUCAGCCAGAGACCCAGCAGCAGCAGACAUGUCGGACAGUGGGAGUCAGGAAGACGCCGGGGCCGCGAACGGGAGCGACGGCGGCGGCAGCCCGAAGAAACGCACCUCCAGACCGGCCGUCGGUAACAGAGUGACCGUGGUGCUCGGAGCUCAGUGGGGCGACGAGGGGAAAGGGAAAGUUGUGGACCUUCUGGCUCAAGACGCGGACAUGGUGUGCAGAUGUCAGGGCGGCAACAACGCCGGACACACGGUGGUGGUCGACAAGGUGGAGUACGACUUUCACCUCCUCCCCAGCGGCAUCAUCAACCCCAAGGCCACCUCCUUCAUUGGCAACGGUGUCGUGAUCCACCUGCCGGGCCUGUUUGAAGAGGCAGAAAAGAACCAACGCAAAGGAAAAGGUCUAAAAGACUGGGAGAAGAGAUUGGUCAUCUCAGACAGAGCACAUAUUGUGUUUGACUUCCACCAAGCGGUCGAUGGUGUUCAGGAACAACAGAGACAAGAGCAAGCAGGCAAGAACCUCGGGACAACAAAGAAGGGGAUCGGCCCAGUGUACUCGGCCAAAGCAGCACGUAGCGGUCUCAGGAUAUGUGACCUGUUGGCUGACUUCACUCAGUUCUCUGAAAGGUAUAAAGGUUUGGCCCGGCAGUACAAGUCCAUGUACCCCACUCUGGAGAUUGACAUAGAGGGAGAGCUCGACAGAUUAAAGGACUACGUGGAGCGGAUCAAGCCCAUGGUGAGAGACGGGGUGCACUACAUGUACGAGGCUCUUCACGGUCCUCCGAAGAAGAUCCUGGUGGAAGGAGCCAACGCAGCGCUGCUGGACAUCGACUUUGGGACGUACCCGUUUGUGACAUCGUCCAACUGCACGGUGGGCGGGGUGUGCACGGGUCUCGGCAUGCCGCCUCAGAACGUCGGGGAGGUGUACGGGGUCGUCAAGGCGUACACCACCAGAGUGGGCAUCGGAGCUUUCCCUUCAGAGCAGAGCAACGAGGUCGGAGAGCUGCUUCAGACUCGAGGGAAGGAGGUGGGCGUGACCACAGGCAGGAAGAGGCGAUGUGGUUGGCUGGAUCUGGUGCUCAUCAAAUAUGCACACAUGAUUAAUGGCUUCACUGCUAUAGCACUCACCAAACUGGACAUCCUUGACGUGCUCUCAGAGAUCAAAGUGGGUGUAUCGUACAAAGUCGACAACCUUACUAUACCUCACUUCCCAGCCAAUCAGGAGGUGCUGCAGCAUGUGGAGGUCCAGUAUGAGACGCUGCCGGGCUGGAAGAGCGACACCUCGGCUGUGAGAAGCUUUGAUGAGCUGCCUGAGAACGCCCGGAAAUAUGUCCACUUCAUUGAGGACCAUGUGGCCGUGCCUGUCAAGUGGAUCGGAGUGGGCAAGUCUCGGGAGUCCAUGAUCCAGCUGUUCUAGAGGAAGGGAGGAGGAACACAAGCAAAGAGGGUGCACAGCAGCCAAUCAGCUGUACCCUUCUUCUUCCCCCCCCCCCUCACUCCACCCACACACACAGCCUACCUACCUGUCUCAACUCUCUGACAGAGACAUGACCAUCAUGUCUGUUCAUAAUGCGUUACCACUGUAUCAUCGGACUGUCCCGUGUUCCAGACUGGACCUCUCUGUACGAAUGGUUCCCAGCGUCCCCAUCUGGAUUUUUAACAGUUUUAAACUUUUAGGAUAACCUCUUUUAAUUUCUCAGUUUAUAUCGUAGCCGUUUAUUUCAGACAUGCGACACCAGCUGCCAUCGAGUCUGAAAGAGGACAUGAGCGAACGGACUCAACACACACUCAAACACACGGGAUCACUCCCCUGGAUGAACUGAUGUUUGGUUGGUCAAACGUUUUAUUAAUUUUUGUUAAUCUAUGCUGUUUUAAAUGCGCUGUGCCAGUCUGGUGUAAAUCACUUUUUAACCUCUGCACUUUAGAUGCUUUGGACUACAUCUGCUUUAUGUUUUAUUCUGCCAGGUCUACAACACAUCCUGACACGAUAAAAGGGAUCCUUUCAUAUUUUUUAUGUCUUUUUGUGUUGUUUUUUUUUUUCAUCAUCCGACAAAGACGUCUCAUGUUGCCUUGUCAUUCAACCAAAAAAUAAAAUUUGUUGUAGCUGCUUCCUCUGAACGCUGUUGGUGACCCACGUCGUCCCGUACUGUGAGACGGCUCGUGUUUUAGGUUUAAUUUUUAACAGGUGAGUUUUACAUGAACCAGUAUAUACCAGAUAUAACUGGUAUAACUAUACCUUUUUCAAAUGGAAAUCAAUUCAGUAGGCCGACAUCUUCCCAUUCACAUUCUUGUGAUUAUUUAGGCAAAGGUAACAACUUUUCAACAAAUAAAAGUGUAAAUAUGGAUUGAUAAAUA